UUGUUUGAACUUGUCGAUCGUAUAUCAAUUAUAAAUAAAUGAAAGAUUUUAAUUCAAUGUUGUGAUUAUUUCAUUUUGAAAACAUAUAGAAAUUGGAUCAAUAUAUUGGAAAGAUUACUAUUCAUUGGGAAUAACAGACAUGAUAGUUAGCUUCUAACAUAACUUUUGUAUGCAGGUAACGAAUUUCAAGGCAGCAAAUUAUUUUACUCAUUAUCACGAUGGCAACUGCUGUAGCAAAUAUUCAGAAGAAAAAUGUUGGCUCCAAUAACACUGGAGGAGUACGUAAGAAGUCAGGACCUAAGUUUGAGUUGACAGACGAACAAAGAAGAGAUAUUAAAGAAGCCUUUGAUCUCUUUGACACAGAAAAUACAGGGAAAAUAGAUACUAAAGAAUUGAAGGUAGCUAUCAGAGCUUUAGGUUUUGAGCCGAAAAAAGAAGAAAUUAAAAAGAUGAUUGCAGAAAUAGAUAAGGGAGAUGGCAAGGUAUCCUUUGAAGAUUUCCAAGAGUUGAUGACUGUCAAGAUGGCAGAAAAGGAUACUAAAGAAGAAAUAAUGAAAGCAUUUAAACUUUUUGAUGAUGAUGAAACUGGCAAGAUAUCAUUUAAAAAUCUGAAAAGAGUAGCUAAAGAACUUGGCGAGAACUUAACAGAUGAAGAACUCCACGAGAUGAUAGACGAGGCUGACAGAGAUGGUGAUGGGGAAAUCAAUCAGGAAGAAUUCUUACGCAUCAUGAAAAAAACAAGUCUCUAUUAGACAUUUACAGAUGCACUAUACUUACACUAUACUGUUGAUGUGUGUUCACUUACAUUUUAAAUAUUCUCAACUGCAACUGAAUGUUUUAGUGAUACACAGAAAUAUGCAAUUAUUUUAAAGUUUCACAAAAAAGUACCUGUUUGUUUCAAAAGACAAAAUAACCACUCUGAUUUUCACAGGGUGUCCAGGUUUUAAGUUCCUCAGUAUUAUCUGAAGCCCUAAUUAUUAUUGACAUCUAAAUAUAUCUGAAUGUUUGGUGUAAUGUAGAUAGGUUGAAUAUACUGGUUAUUCCUGUUUCAACACCCCAAUUUUUAAUGUUUGGGCAUUUAUGUGUAACCUUCAUUUCCCUUUCAAUGUGUAUGUCAAUUUAUUGUUGUCAUAGAUAGAGAAUAGAAGCUUUAUGUCUUAAAUGUUAUGUCUUUCUAAGUCAUUCAUGUUAACACUAUUCUAAAGGGUCUACGUUUUCACAUGAAGCUGUUACAAUUUAUUAAGGAUUCCUCCAUGACAAAAAUUCGCUUAAUAGAGCACAAAUUAUUAUUUUUAGUGUGGUUUGUCAUAAUUGGUUUGUAUGCUUUAAGAUAUGGUUCUGAACACUAUUGUUUCAUAGUAAAUGUAAAAUUUCAUUUUACAAAAAUUAAUGACUAAUGUGCUAAAUGUUAUAGACAUGACCUUUUCAGUCCUUCUAAUCGAAAUUUAUAUAAGCAUGAUAUCAUAUACUUUUAUUCUAAAUUGGUCUGGUUAAGAUAACAACAUAUUGUUGUAGGUGUUUAGUUUGAAUAGAUUUUAUGAAUCAACCUAUGAUUACUCAUAGUGCCAGUAAGGUACAGGCAGAUUGCACAAUUUGAGUGUUUUGAAAUAAAAUUCUUGCUUGAUAUUUUUUGUAAAAAUGUGCACAGAAGAGUGGAAUAUUUAUUAAUAAGAACAAUGUAAAAAUGCAUUGAAGUUUUAUUAUAAAAGCAACUGUGUUACAUUCCCUAAAUAUAUGUAUAAUAAAACAUGUUCUUGGCCAUGAUAUGAAUAUAAUGCUAUAAAAUAGAAGAUCUGAAUUAUUUAUCUGUUUAGAUCACACAGUUUAUUUACAAAAGUCUUAUUGUUAAGCAAAUAAAAAAUCUGCCACAAGCUAUUGUUAAUAAACAAAAAUUUAGUUUUUAAGUGUAAGGCCUAAUACUAUGAUAAGUCUAUUUAACAUUUUAUUUUUUCUACCUCUUACACAGAUUUGUUUAAUUUUAAACAAGUUAAAAUUUUAAUUUGCCAAAGUGUGUUUCUUAUUUGAUUAAAUCAAAGAAAUAUCAUAGUGUUUUUCUUUUAUUAUCGUUUAUUUUUACCCAUAUUGUAAUGUACCUGAAAAUAUUAUCCAGGACAUGACACAAACACAACAACGCUCACUUCAGUAACAACAAUUUAUACAACCACAUUCAUUAAUAUGACAAACAUGAGUUGGUAUCUACUUAAGUAUAACCCACAC